AGAGAGCAUUCACACUUGGACUCCUCUCUGAGAACACGCUCUCUGCUGCCUUGCUGGCUUUCUUCAGUCUCUCACUGCUUUGUGCUGGAUACAGCUGAACUGAAUACUUCAAAACUUUGCUGAAACUUUCAGAAAGAACUGCAAACUGAACUUUUAGAUCACAGCAAACUGGAAAACAGCACCAUGGAUAACUCUGAUGACUACUACCCAGACUACGAGGACCUGCCAAACAACAGCAUGUGCGACUAUGAGGAGUGGGCUCCGUCAUACUCCCUCAUUCCAGUGCUCUACAUGCUAAUUUUCAUCCUAGGCCUUUCGGGCAACGGCAUCGUCAUCUUCACCGUUUGGAAGGCUCAGGGCAAGCGGAGGGCAGCGGAUGUCUACAUAGGCAACCUGGCGCUGGCUGACCUAACCUUUGUGGUGACCCUGCCAUUAUGGGCCGUGUACACAGCCCUGGAGUACCACUGGCCAUUCGGUGCUGCCCUCUGCAAGAUCAGCAGCUACAUUGUACUGCUCAACAUGUAUGCCAGCGUCUUCUGCCUCACCUGCAUGAGCUUGGACCGCUACCUGGCCAUCGUCCACUCUCUGACCAGCUCCCAGCUGCGCACCCAAGGCCACAUGAGGGCAUCUCUGGCUGCCAUUUGGAUCAUCUCCGGCAUCUUGGCAUCUCCCACACUGCUCUUUCGCAAAACCAUGUAUGACAAAGACGCCAACCGUACCUCCUGUGCCAUGGAUUUCAGCCAGGUGAUCACCAAGCCUGGCCAAGAGAACCUUUGGAUCGCCGGGUUGAGCAUCUCCUCCACUGCCCUGGGCUUUGUCCUCCCACUCCUGGCCAUGAUGGUGUGCUACGGCUUCAUCGGCAGCACCAUCACUCGGCACUUCAACAGCCUGCGCAAGGAGGAUCAGCGCAAAAGGCGUCUCCUGAAGAUCAUCACCACACUGGUGGUGGUUUUCGCAGCCUGCUGGUUGCCCUUCCAUGUCGUGAAAAGUAUGGAUGCCUUGUCCUACUUGGGCCUGGCACCGGAUUCCUGCACUUUGCUCACCUUCCUGCUCCUGGCCCACCCCUACGCAACCUGCCUGGCCUAUGUCAACAGCUGCCUCAACCCGUUCCUCUACGCCUUCUUCGACUUGCGCUUCCGCUCCCAGUGCCUGUGCCUGCUGAAUCUAAAGAAGGCACUCCAUGCAAGCCCCGCAAGUUCCCUGUCCUCUCAGAAGACGGAGGCGCAGUCGCUGGCCACCAAAGUGUGAGGGGGUGGUGAGUGGAGGCUUUUUUGCGAGGAAACAUCACUAGACUCUUGAAAGAAGUCUUCAUCUCAUUCAAGCCUUCACAACUUAAAGGUAAUGCUUAUUUAAUUUGGAGAAGCACCACUGGACUCUUGAAGGACGUCACCCCUAGACUCUUGAAGGAGGUCAUGAGCUGACCUUGUUCAAGGCUUCAAGGUAGCUCUAAAGAUCUUAGACUCUUGCAAGAUGUUGCAAACCUUCAUAACUUAAAGGUAACUCUACAGAUCUUGGAGGAACACUUGCAUACUCUUCCUCUUGUAGUCCACCAGAAGACACCUUGAGGAAUAGCGUGAAUGAACGUGCUGGUUGAUCACCUUUGGGCACUCCAAGGACUUGAAAGUGAAUUUAACACAAGAGUGCAAGAGUGGCUCCGGUCAUGCAGGCACCAGGGCUCCAGAGCCAUAGGCCUUGCUUUUCAGCACCCUGGUAAUACCUCCAGAGAGCAGAGCACAACAGACAGCUGUGCUCCAGACGUUUCAGGACAGAAUUCCAGGCUGUCUCUCAGGCUGGUGGGCCAUACCUCAUGCGGACUUUCCAGACUUACUCUGGGGACUCUGAGACUUAGAGCUGAUGGGUAGCCUGGUGGGUGGCCUGAAAGACAGAUUAAGAGACAUUUGCUCUCAACUUUUUAAAUGAGCGCAUUUUUAAACAGUUUUUAUUGCUUCAUUUCUUAAGCACUUGGUCAGAUGCAGAUAAGGAUCUUGUUUUGUUUUGAUCAUUUUAGCUUUGAGCUAUUGUCAUCAAGACUGGGGUUCAAACUUGGGGUGGGGUGUCAGUCGAGGAGAAGUGUUGCAACUUGAUUAAAGAGUUUCUGAGUGUGUGUGUGGGUGGGGGGGCUCAGGGGGAGACGGGGGGAUCAGACUGACAGAUGGUAACUGACAAAUGUUGGAGGUGGAGGGCCAAUUAAUAGGUGGCAGCUUUUACAGAUGAGAGACUGUGACGUGUGUUGGUGUGUGCCAGUGGACAUUUGUGAAAUGUAAUUGGUCAGUUUCUCAUUUUCUGCCAUGAAUUAUUCUGUAAAUAAUUGUAUGUAUUCUGUGAAUAAAACAUUUCUUCAACUAGAAAA